AUGGCAGCCCCCACAGAAGUCACACUUCGCAAUCUAAGCGGUACCUGGACUUUAAGCACUUCCCUCUCCGAUGAUCCCUCACCGGCGCUGGAAUUGCAGGAUGUUUCCUGGUUAGUGCGAAACGUCAUCGCUAACGCCCCUGUCACUAUCUCCAUCACUCAAACCGUGGACCCCACAACUGGAGUCACCAAGAUCGCAUCUACGCAGUCCACGCUCGGGCGAACGGUGUCGGAUGUCCGGUAUCUGGAAUGGGAAGUCGAGGACCAGCAGAACCACCCGCUGUUUGGCAGCUUGAGUAUGCGCAGUCGGUGGGCAAAGGCGAGCGAUCUGGGAGAGGGAUUCUUGAUCGGGAACGCGGAUGGCGAAGCGGAGUUAAUUGAAGUUCUCGCCCAUGGAACCAUGGCUGGAUGGACUAGCCAUCAGGUCUGGGCUUUUGAAGAGAUCGACGGGCACCGGUAUCACACUCGUCGGGCUCUCAUUACCAAGGGAGAUCAACAGGUGCAGGUCCGUAUGGUGUAUGACUGGCAGACUGAGGAGUAA